UUACGGCUGUUACUCUUCUGGUUGCGGAGGACGACGACAGCAACGAGGGAGGAGAUAAAACAUCUUUUGCCAGCAUGGCGUUUACGCUGUACACACUCAUCCAGACCGCUAUUCUGUGCACCAAUGCUAUCGCCGUGUUACACGAAGAGAGAUUUCUCAGCAAAAUCGGUUGGGGUGUUGAUCAGGGAGUUGGAGGCUUUGGGGAUGACCCAGGAGUCAAAGCUCAGAUACUGAAUCUCAUUCGUUCAGUUCGGACCGUCAUGAGAGUGCCACUGAUAAUUGUGAACUCAGCGUGCAUCAUCCUGUUGCUGCUGUUUGGUUGACAACCAAGCACUGAUGUGUCAAUGUAACAAGUCUGCACAGGUUACCAGAAACGGCUGCAAAAAUACACCCUCACACACUGAACAAUUUGCACAUUCUUCAAGGAUUUCUGCUGUCCGCCAACAGCAGAGUGGAAAAGCCAUAGGCUGUGAAAAAUCUCUGCCAAAGAAAAGAGGAUUCAAACCAUCACCUAGUCAAAAAUAUUCGGAGAAACCUUCCUCACCUGUUGUAUGUUUUGUGAAAGCUUUAACUGGUGCUUAAAUGACAUCCCGCAACAAGGGAAUAAAAAUUACUAUUGCUAUCUAUUGAAAGUAAUGUUCUUUAUUUUUGAUUAACAGUUCAAGUAUUCCAUUCAGUUGUUUCACUGUUGUAUAAAAUGCCAGUUGUUUUAAUCAUCUAAAGUUUUUUUUAAACUAAACCAAAACCAAUGUGCCGUUUACACACCGAUCUUAACAGCAGUUAAGUGUUUUAUCAGAUUACAAUAGAGAAAGCUUUGAAGC